CUUGACACGUCGAAUCAGCUGUUUUGUCCGUGUCUACAACAAACAUGUGUAGGCCUACUGUUGGUUGUACUCGAGGACCGGAGUUGGGGAAACUCUAGUCUAGAUGCCACUUUCGCCAUACCCAAAAACGGCAAUCAAGUUGCAGCAGGCAGUGCACAUUUCACCUAAGUCUAUGGGUUCAUGUUGAUAUACUGGAAUCAAAUACGUGUUUUAUGAACAGGCGUGUUUCUUUGCUGCACAAAUUUGCCGCGAAUGAUAAAGCAUGGAAUCCAAACACCUGAAGAACGCUUUCAAAUGGUCUAACAGAAUGUUGUUUUACGAACCGAAUGCAGAUGAUCGAAUGCAUACAAUCCACAUAACAAGCAAGCAAAAUAUAGGUGCAUCAUGGUUCAAUCUGCAGGAGUUCCACAGCUUUCAGAUAAUCAGGCUCCGCCAGGGAGACCCAGCUCGGCUACAGAGACAGACGUGAAUCUGAUUCACAAUACCCAGGCACCACCACCACCCAUGGAAAGUGGCCCAAAUAAGAGGAGGAAAGCGAGAGUGAGGGGAAACAGCACCAGGCCCAAGAAGAGAAUGACGGACAGCAGGGGUGUUAGUGAUAGACCACUAGUGGAGAAGCAGGGGGUGUGUGAUGAGGGAAGCCCCUUACCUCCACCCCUCCGUAUCUCUUUAAAAAGCCUGUUGGCGGCGGAGAUGAAGCUAGUGUAUGGUGACGAGCAGCACAACAUUACCCAGCAGCCCUCCAAGUCCCCAGUCACCUCCUCGGCUUCACAAUUUAUGUGUCAAGCCUCUGAAAUAGUAGGUCCUCCAAGUGGACCUAAUCUCGGCUUUCUGCCUCAAAUUGACAAAUGGCUGGAUGUAGCCUUACAGGAUGCCGACUCAUACUACCAACAGAAGAAAUAUGGGAUCGCAGCCAGUCGUUUUACCACAGCUCUGGAGCUGUGUUCAAAAGGCGCUGCAGUUGAACAAUCUUUGCAUGCGGUGUAUGAAGACAUUUCUAAGGUUGUCAGUUUGAUUGAGUCCAGACUUGUUGCCUGCUACCUGAGAUUGAAGAGACCGAAGAUAGCCCUCAACCACUCCCACAGAGCCAUCCAGCUAAACCCCAUCUAUUUCCGCCACCAUCUGCGCCAGGCCAUGGUGUAUCGACUGCUGGGGAACCCAUGUGCUGCGGCGAGGAGUGCCAUGAUUGCUGACUGGGUGUACUGGCUGUCCGGGGGCUCAGAUGAACACAUAAGCAAGCUCAUCAAACUGUAUUGGCAGGCUCUGUUGGACGAGGCGAUCAUCAUGGAGGAUGGUUUCUCUGUCAUGUACACCCCGUGCUCUGCUGGGGACUCCGUGGGGGAUUGCAUCGCCAAGGCUGAGGAGACCUUCAGGAAACAGAACCCUGCCUUCACAGACUACCUGUUCACAGACCCCAGUGGAGGUCACCUGCUGCCCCAGACCACAGACUGGAGCAAUCCCCCGUCCACCCAGCAGAAAUACGUCCUCACCCUGGGCUUCAGGAGGGGACAAGACGGCAGCUUCCUCAGCAAACUCACCAGCAGGACCUGCCCCUCUUUUACGGGACCCAGAGCCUCAUUCAGCUCCAGUAGCCCAGAGGACAUGGAGCGGGUGUGUGACACGUUCAGCAGGAGGAUCCUACCAGCCUUAGAUUUUAUUAAGUGCACCAAACUAGCUGCAGGUUUUUCCCCAGGGUCUGGGCUUGUGGAGAGGCUGCAGUAUGCUGGCUACCUGGGACAGAUCCAACGCAGCAGGGAGCAGACCGUCAUCCUCCACCAGGCACUGGCUGAGCUCGCUGUCGCCCCCUACCUGCAGGACCUCACCCACGCAGAGACCUCACUGCUGCAGGCUCUAAUGGCAGACACUAUGGACACCCUUGAAGGAAGGCGGACUGAUAGAGAACGUGUGUGGAAUGAAAUGCAAAAGGUGGGGAUGUUGGAGGAUCUGUUGUUCCAACUGGAGGAGACCUAUCUGAAGAACAAGGCUCAGAGGGCCAGUAGGAAGCAGAGGGCCGGGGUCCAGGGGGCAGAGGGGAAAGCCAGAGGAAGACCCAAAGCAGGGGUCAAAAUAGAAGCCAAAGGGGGGGGUACAGUGGUGACAGACAAGGCCAAAGUCCGUCCCACUGAAACCCAGCAGGAGACCGCAGUAGCACCAAUGACCUUACCAGACCCAUGAUCUGCAGGCCAGGACAGUGGAGGACCAAAGUCGUCGUCCUCCUCAAAAUGAAUGGACACCCUCCUCUCACAAAGCCUCAUCUUCAGUCCCAGCAUCUUUCACACCAUUACUCUAGGCUGGCAGAAAUAAAUGGACUCUGCAGCCUUGCUUUCACUCUGAUUUAGGGUCUGUUUUUAACACUCCUCCUUGUUUACUCGUUAAGAUAGCGUCUCUAGCCCCACUUCUAGAUGAAAGACCUAGCUGAUUCAAACGUGUGGGAGUGUUCAAUGUAUACACAAUGAGAUGUUUUCAUGUUUAAACUCGCUAAUUUAUGAUUGUUCAUGCAAGUUGUAAUAUGACAGAUGGUUUGUAAACACAAGCAAAUCCAUAUGGGUUUUUUUUCCCACUCAACCCUUAGGAGGAAAAGAAAGGUGAUUCAAAUAAAACAAACAUGCUUCCUCCUGAAGUAGCUAGCUGGAAACAGCAGCAUACACACUUGGUCUACAGUAUGAUGACCAUGUUACUACAGUCUGGAGUAUCACAGUCAUUUCAAUGCCAAAUGUGCAGUUUGGGGAUUGAUCGGGCAGGGCAAAACCUUGUGAGUGAACACAAUCAGUGGGGCCCUCGUCACUCACGUGCCCACGGCUGAUCCAUCAACUGGCCGGUCAGCACCGGCUUCCCAAAGUAGUUCCUCUGAGACAGCCAAUCAGAGGCGCUCUGUGCUAUCGACAGCUGCUUUCUCUCUCCUGUUAUCUACUCUCUCUGGGAAAACAAAGGCUGGUCUCUCUCUUUUUCCUUACUACUGCUGAAUAAUCCACAUUUCCCUAUUUGAGGAUUCAUUCAGGGUUCCUACUCUACAGUACAGUGUUUAUCUCUUACUCUCUCAUCCCACCCUCCAUCUGUCUCUUGCUUCCUCCGUUUCCAUUCAGAUGGGUGCUUAAUACCUUGGGGAUUCUGUUGACACCCGAGUCGGCAUAAGAAAUGUUGUGAUCAGCAAUAUGGGCAUGCAUUAUUUUAUUCGCUGAAUAAAUUAAUGACAUUUAUUGAGUGGUCGGGGAGAGAAAACGUUGGCAUAGGUACUCUAUUGGCAUCUUUAAAAGAUUAGUUAUGCCCGGUGCAGUUUCCAUUUGGUAAACAAUUAUUAUAAUCCAAGCCUACAUGCAUAUUUAAUGAACACAUUGAAGGCCAUAGCCUUGUUUUUCACUUUUGUGUAAAGCUCUUUAUAUGAAAAUGGUUAGAAUGGCGAUAUAGGAAUGCUAAUGUGGUUAGUUAUUUUUUGUGUUUUAAUUAGUGCACUGUUUUGCAGUGUUGCCUCACUGCCUGUUGUUGCCCCACUGCCUGUUGUUGCCUCACUGUUGCUAACACAGUUUUGUGGCACACUUUACAUGGGUUCACACUGAUGCCUGGUUCAGAAUUGGUCAGUUGAUGUCUAUUAGCUGCUGGAGUUGAUGUAGAGUGGAAGAGGUCAUGGAGUUUACUGAGUAGAAUGGAACUGUCAUGGCGAUGGUGUGGUCACAGUUUUUACUAAUUGGUGUGCGAGCAUCAAGUACCAAAUGUAAUUAUUUGUUGUUGAAUGAAGAACCACGUCUUGACAGACCAGGGCCCGGUUUCCCGAUAGCGAUGGAACAUAUUCUUACAAGUGUUUUACGAUGCAUCUUUCAUAUAAUUUAAAACAUAUAUUAUUAGCCCAUCCAACACACCCCCUUCAGAUGACAAAAUAGCUUUUUCAGUUUUUACAGCUUUUUUGUUACUUGUGUGUAUGUAUGUAUAUAUAUUCACACACACACACACACACACUACCGUUCAAAGGUUUGGGGUCACUUAGAAAUGUCCUUGUAUUUGAAAGAAAAGCAAAAAAUAAUUGUCCAUUAUAACAUCAAAUUGAUAGAAAUACAGUGUAGACAUUGUUAAUGUUGUAAAUGACUAUUGUAGCUGGAAAUGGCUCAUUUUUAAUAUCUACAUAGACCCAUUACCAGCAACCAUCACUCCUGUGUUCCAAUGGCACGUUGUGUUAGCUAAUCCAAGUUGAUCUUUUUAAAUGGCUAAUUGAUCAUGAGAAUCCUUUUGCAAUUGUUAGUACAGCUGUAAACUGUUGUUUUGAUUAAAGAAGCAAUAACACUGGCCUUCUUUAGACUAGUUGAGUAUCUGGAGCAUCAUCAUUUGUGGGUUCGAUUAAAGGCUCAAAAUGUCCAGAAACAAAUCACUUUCUUCUGAAAGUCGUCAGCCUAUUCUUGUUCUGAGAAAGGAAGGCUAUUCCAUGUGUGAAAUUGCCAUGAAACUGAAGAUCUUGUACACAGCUGUGUACUAGACCCGUCACAGAACAGCCCAAACUGGUUCUAACCAGAAUAGAGAGAGGAGUGGGAGGCCCCGGUGCACAACUAAGCAAGAGGACAAGUACAUUAGACUGUAGUUUGAGAAACAGACGCCUCACAAGUCCUCAACUGGCAGCUUCAUUAGAUAGUACCCGCAAAACACCAGUCUCAAAGUCAACAGUUCCUCUGUCCAGUGCCAGUGUUGUUCUGCCCAUAAUCUUUUAUUUUUAUUGGCCAGUCUGAGAUGUCAGCAUCUUUGAGUCGCCUCUUCACCGUUGACGUUGAGACUUGUAUUUUGAUGUCUUCACUAUUAUUCCACAGUAUAGACAAUAGUAAAAAAUACAAAUAAAUAAACCUUGAAUGAGUAGGUGUGUCAA